AUGAAGGCUGCGGACGCGCUGGGGACAGCCAGGGGGCCGCCUACGGACGGGACCGAAAAGUUGACUGCAGACAGGGCCAAAUUUGCAGCUGAAAUGGAACAAGCAGCUGGUGAGCCAGUGCGAGACCAGGGCACAUGGACACAUUUGACAGAAGACAUUCCAAAAGCCACAAAAUGCACAGUGAUCGGAGGCUCUGGGUUCCUGGGGCAGCACAUGGUGGAGCAGCUGCUGGCAAGAGGCUACGCUGUCAACGUAUUUGACAUUCGGCAAGGGUUCGACGAUCCCCGCGUGCAGUUCUUCCUGGGCGACCUCUGCAGCCAACAGGAUCUGUACCCAGCUCUGAAAGGUGUAAGCACAGUUUUCCACUGCGCAUCGCCCCCACCAUCCAGUAACAACAAGGAACUCUUUUACAGAGUGAAUUACGUUGGCACCAAGAAUGUCAUUGAAACUUGCAAAGAGGCUGGGGUUCAGAGACUCAUUUUAACCAGCAGUGCCAGUGUCAUCUUUGAGGGUGUCGACAUCAAAAAUGGAACCGAAGACCUCCCUUAUGCCAGGAAACCCAUUGACUACUACACGGAGACGAAGAUCUUACAGGAGAGAGCGGUCCUGGGUGCCAACGAUCCUGACCAGAAUUUCGUAACCACAGCCAUCCGCCCUCAUGGCAUUUUUGGCCCAAGGGACCCCCAGUUGGUCCCCAUUCUCAUCGAGGCGGCCAGGAAAGGCAAGAUGAGGUUCAUGAUCGGGAACGGGGAGAACUUGGUAGACUUCACCUUCGUGGAGAACGUGGUCCACGGACACAUCCUGGCUGCAGAGCACCUCUCCAGAGACACAGCCUUGGGUGGGAAGGCUUUUCACAUCACCAACGAUGAGCCCAUCCCUUUUUGGACUUUCCUAUCCCGCAUCCUGACAGGCCUCAAUUACGAGGCCCCCAAGUACCACAUCCCCUACUGGGUGGCCUACUACCUGGCCCUCCUGCUGUCCCUCCUGGUGACGGUAAUCAGUCCCAUAACCCAGCUUCAGCCCACUUUCACACCCAUGCGGGUCGCACUGGCUGGCACAUUCCAUUACUACAGCUGUGAGAAAGCCAAAAAGGUCAUGGGCUACCGGCCACUGGUCAGCAUGGAUGACGCCGUGGACAGGACCGUGCGGAGCUUUCACCACCUGCGGAAGGUCGACCGAGGCGUCCUGGAGCCCGGGCCCUUCCACGCGUUCCCCAGCCGAUAA